CAUUUCCCCUCACUCCACUCUCUCCUCUCCUCUCUCAACAAGAGCUCCGGCGAGAGUUCACCGUAACAAUCCCACCGGAGAAACCAACCUUUUUCAUUUCAUGGAAGAAGAAGAAGCUCAUGAAUUCUUACACACAGCGGAUCAUUUCGCCGUAGAUGACCUCUUGGUGGAUUUCUCUAACGAUGACGACGAGGAAAAUGAUAUCACUGUUGAUUCCGACGGCACCAACACAGCCACCGCCGUAACCGACAGCUCUAACUCCUCCUCGUUAUCCCCCGCAUGUCUCCCUAAUUUCCAAGGUGAUGUUCAAGACGGUACCAGCUUCUCCGGCGAACUUUGCGUACCGAGUGAUGAGCUGGCUGAGCUGGAGUGGCUGUCUAACUUCGUGGAUGACUCGUUCUCGACCGACGAUGUACAGAAGCUACAGCUAAUAUCCGGUUACAAAGCCCGACCCGACCCGAAACCCGAACCGGAAAACCCGAAUAGCAGCAGUCCGAUUUUCACCACUGACGUCUCAGUGCCGGCCAAAGCCAGGAGCAAACGCUCACGCGCCGCAGCAUGUAACUGGGCCUCACGUGGGCUUCUCAUGGAAGCCGUUUACGACAACCCCUUCACCGGAGAAACCAUUCUCUCCCGCCACCACCUCUCUCCUCCGACCUCGCCGACGUCCAUGACCCAUCCCGUGAAAAAGCAAGCCCUCGACGGAGGGUUCCGGCGAAAGAAAGAUUCUUUGCUGGACUCCGGCGCGGAGGAGCGGCGGUGUCUCCACUGCGCCACCGACAAGACGCCGCAGUGGCGGACCGGCCCAAUGGGCCCGAAGACGCUGUGCAACGCUUGCGGCGUGAGGUACAAGUCGGGGCGUCUGGUGCCGGAGUACCGGCCGGCGGCGAGUCCGACGUUCGUGUUGGCUAAACAUUCGAAUUCUCACCGGAAGGUUAUGGAGCUGAGGCGGCAGAAGGAGAUGACGAAGGCCCACCAUGAGUUCAUACAUCACCAUCAGGGUACGGAGACUGCCAUGAUUUUCGACGUCUCGUCGGACGGUGAUGAUUACUUGAUCCACCACCACGUUGGCCCAGAUUUCGGACAGCUUAUCUGAUCGAUCCCUUGUCCUUUUUUUUGUUUACUUCCAAUAAUUAGGGAUAUCUUAUUAGAUCAAAGUUUUGCUAAUCUUGAUUAUGAUGAUGACAAUUCACUCUCUCUUUCUUGCGUUAUUUUGGGAAUUUGUUAGAAGCUUUUCUUGUUUUUUCCAUGACAUAUGAAAUGAAAUUUAAUAUAGUUUUGUUUGGUUAAA